GCUUUAUUGAUUAAUUGCCGUUUAACGAGGGCUUUGAAUUUAUUUAGUGAUAAUUCAACCUGUGGAAAAAAAAAUAUGGCAGCACUGGUUGGAACUUGGAACGUCAAUUGUCAUUUUACUAUAAAAAAAUUUAAAUUAUGGAGCUAUAAAAAUUCUAUGUGAAUAUUUUUAAGUAAAACUUAUAUUAUUAAUACAAAAAGAAAUGUGAAAUUAACAGUAAAAGUUUCCUGCACAUCGUGGGCCGUUUAAUUUACGUAGCAAGCUCCACCAUGGAUCCAGAAGACGAAAUCAAGCUACAAAAAAAGGUACCCGAUGAUUUACCUAAAAUACAUACAAAAUGCAACAGCAACCGUCCACACACCAGUCCACAUGUAUCACCAGAAAUCUCAAGUCCGUCUACUUCAAAAGAAAAUCCAGACAUGAGAAACAAUGACGACGAUUCAUCUAAUGGCAAAGAUACAGAAAAAGAAGGAUCCCUAUCCGACUGGGUGUCGGGCGGUCCCGUGGGAUCCAAAGCGGCCGUACUGGUCUUCCGAUCAUGUGUCCUCGCCUCCAGAACACCCUCCAUGGAAUCCACAACAAAAACAGUCGGAAACAAUACAGGCACAACGAUACUCCUCAACAAAGCGAAGAAUAUGGCGAAAAGACUCGUAGCCGAGCCGCAUUCAUUCAGCGUCCGACCAAAAACAAUAAUGCACGAUGUGAUGGAGACAUUUGGUAAUACCACAAAGUAUACGGGUCAGGCGUAUGUGGUCAAACAUAUUAGUGAAGCGGAAAUGCCAAUAACAGAGUCUAUAGAGGAGCAAGGGCAUGAAGCAGUCGAACAUAAGAGAGAUAUAGAUGAUGUACUUAAUGAUCUCAGUAAGAUAACUCUAAAAAAACAUUUAAAUAUAGAAAAUACGACAGCUAAUAUUAAACCGCCAGAACCUCCGCCAGUAACAAAAGAUGCCAAAGAUGAAAAGAAGGGAAAGAAAAACAAAGGCAAAGGAAAAAAGAAAAAUAUACAAAGGACUGUAUCACCGAGUAUUGAUAGUGACGACUCGGAACAAAUGCUAGUCAAAGAAGUAGAUAGUAUUAAGGUAUUAGAAAGUAGUCAUAUGCCGGCCAGAAUUCUUAAGAUCACCUACAAAUUAGUUAAUACUGAGACCAAACUGCUGCACCGGUUACUCCAAGCUCAUGGUCUUCAAGAAGCCUGUCCUGACGCCAAAGAGUUUAACCUGCUUUGGGCAGGACUGCAUCCUAAACCUGAUGUGCUGAGGUCACUAUCUGCGUAUCAGAGGGUCAAUCAUUUUCCUAGGUCGUACGAACUAACACGCAAAGACAAAUUGUUCAAAAACAUAGAGAAAAUGCAAUACUUCCGAGGCCUAAAACACUUUGAUUUCAUCCCCACAACAUUCCUGAUGCCGGCCGAGUAUAAAGAACUGUGUACCACGCAUUAUAGGACCAAGGGUCCGUGGAUUGUCAAACCUGCAGCCUCUAGUAGAGGGAGAGGAAUUUAUAUAGUUAAUACGCCAGAACAAAUACCAAAAGGCGAGAACGUGGUAGUAGCAAAGUACGUGGACAAACCGCUUCUGAUUGGUGGACACAAAUGUGACCUACGUCUGUAUGUGUGCGUAACGUCCAUAGACCCAUUGUUAAUAUAUCUGUAUGAAGAGGGCUUGGUGCGAUUCGCUACUGUGAAAUACGAUAAGACGAAUAAGAAUCUGUGGAAUCCAUGCAUGCAUUUGUGCAAUUAUAGUAUCAAUAAAUAUCAUACGGAUUAUAUCAAAUGUGACGAUCCAAAUGCAGGUAACAUUGGCCACAAAUGGACGCUUUCUGCCCUUUUGCGCCAUUUACGUAAGCAAGGACGUAACACAGCUGCGUUAAUGGCCGCUAUAGAAGAUCUGGUCGUCAAAUCCAUUCUGUCUUCAGCCCAGACCAUUACUGCCGCCGCUAGAGUUUUUGUGCCUAAUCUUUUUAAUUGUUUUGAACUAUUUGGCUACGAUAUUUUAAUAGAUGACAUGCUUAAACCAUGGCUGUUAGAAAUUAAUUUAUCACCGAGCUUGGCCUGCGAAAGUCCCUUGGAUGCCAGAGUGAAAUCUGCCCUAUUGGCAGAUACACUGACUCUAGUAGGAUUACCAGCAGUGCCUAUGAGCAGGCAUGAGCAAUCGCCGCAGAACAACUCCCUCAAGAUGAGGAUCGGAGCGUGCCGCCGUGUCCACUCAGCAGAAAACGUGUUCGUACGUGGAAAACCUCAAACCCAGGCGGAGAAAGGAAUUGCUAACCUCUUAACGGGCGAAGAAUUGCGCAUAGUACGAGCUGUUCGAGCCCAAUACGCCCGGCGUGGGGGAUUCGUCAGAAUAUUCCCUAGUCAGAACUCUUGGCAGAAGUAUUCGCAGUAUUUGGAUCCUGUAACCGGUAUCCCGAUUUGUUCUACGUCCCUAAAUAAUAACAUCCCCUAUACAGUGGUUCACAAUUACAACUUGUUGGUACAUUCCCACGUGUUACCGCAUUUCCAGCACGCGCAAGCUGCGACUAGCCUUACGGACACACCGCAGAGAUUAAAACGUUACGAGGCUGUAUGCAUCGCGGGUGCGGCGCCGGCAGUUCAAAUAAACUCCCCUGGUGAGGCAACCGCGCCUCCAAGGGACGCCAAAAGAGCCAAAGAACUCAUCAAGACCCAACUCACUGACGGGAUGAAGUUGACUAUGGGCGAAGGCCGCCGCGCUUUCGGCCUAUACCUGACCCACGUGCUCAAGCGCAUAUCGUCUCCGAGCAACGAAAUGGCGGUGCAACACGCAGCCCUGGUGCUCCGAUUCCUCAGAAGAGCUUCGGCCUCUCUGCGAAUGCCUUAUAAUGUAAAGGGUCCCCCUGCGAAGAUGUGCGACAAGGACAGAUGUGCGAUCAUCGCGAAGCAGCUCAACGAUUUCCUGUACAUGUACUAUCGGGAGACGGAUUUAUAUACAGACAGCAACGACAGAGAUGGAUGCGUGUCGAAUAUACACUUCGCACACUUCUUGUAUGCCGCUAGUGAGGCCGAUUUAGAGGACGUAUUACUUUUGGUCCUUCGAUCGGAUAAUUGGGUGGCGACGUUCUUGGGUGAUACUAGAAGUGCAUUGUGCGUUGACGCGCCACCCGCGAGAUUGGCGCAUACAAGCAAACAUACAUUGUUGAAGCAUUUGGCUGCGGUCGCGCCUAUCAAUUGUAGAAAAUACAGACCUACCAUGGACUCGAUGAGUCGUUCGGAGUCGUCCAGCGUCGCUCAAGAGUCGGACUCGUCCCCCCCUCCGCCCCCAUACACCACUUCGGACAUCGUACUUAAAGAGUCGCUCAAGGAAGAGAAGCCGCUCAAAGUGGCACUUAAGUACGCGAGAUCAUAGCAAUAUUAUUUAAUACAAUAUUUAAUAAGACCGAAGUUUCAGUAGAUUUUUUUUUAUUUAAAUUGAACGAAAUAAAAUGUUUAACUAGUUACCAAAUACCAAAAAGUACUUACUAAUACAUCGAAAUAGAUACUGCACUAAUGUUACCAUAGAUUAAAAAUACGGAAUAGAUAAAUGAGGGUAUUCCAAUUUAUUAUAUUUUCGUUUUAAAUUAACUCCAAUAAUUUCACAUCGUUUACUUGCGUCACGCUUGCGGUGCCUACAAAUUUAUCUAUUCCUAGAACAUAUUUGUAGUUAGUUCAAUGUGAGGGUACACCGAUUACAACUAGGUUUAGGUAAUAAUAAAAUAUAUUUUUCCAUUAAUGCGC